ACUGACCCACCGCACUCGCUAGGCUCAUUCACUCAUUCUUGUCAUGCGAAUUAUGAUUGCUUGGUGCUCUUGCUUGGUCUUCUUCUUCCUACUUCAGGCAAGUCAUACAGCCAGCAGCGCGGUUUACAAUGUUACUACAUCCGAGCCACUCUUUACGAAUCAAAGUCUCGUCUCCUCUGGCCAAAUCUUCGAGCUUGGGUUCUUCACACCGAAUGGGUCAGAAAAUCAGUAUGUUGGCAUAUGGUACAAGAACUUGACGCCUUCUAAAAUCGUGUGGGUGGCCAAUAGAGAUGUGCCACUCAUGUACGCAGAUCGGUCUGCGAAAUUAACGAUAGGCAGUGAUGGGAAUUUGAAGCUCAUGGACGUUCAACAGAAUAUAGUUUGGUCCACCAAUGUCUCCGGCCAGUCCAAUAAUACUUCAGCAGCCCUAUUAGAUAGUGGGAAUUUUGUUCUGCAAGAUGCCAACUAUACUGUAAUAUGGGGAAGCUUCGAGGAUCCAACAGACACUCUUCUUCCGGGCAUGAAGAUGGGACUAAAUGUCAGGACUGGAGCGAAACAGUAUUUAAUUUCCUGGAGAAGUGACAAUGAUCCGUCCCCUGGAAGUUUCUCGACUGGAAUGACAGGGGAGACGCCACCUCAACCUUUUACUUGGAAUGGUUCGACCCCUUACUGGAGAGGCGGGCAAUGGGACAAAUCAAAAUUUAUUGGCAUAGAAGACAUGGAAGAAUCAUACUUGAGUGGGAUCAAUGUCCAGCAAGAUAUUCAGCAGGGGACCACUUACUUUUGGUUCGAUACUUACAACCGCUUCUUUGCAUACUUGUUUGUUUCGCCUGGAGGAUCUCUUAAGUCAAUGACAUGGGAUGAUGGAGCUAAGGCGUGGUUGACGAAUUGGGUGGGGCCGAACAAUACAUGCGAGAUUUAUGGAACUUGUGGUCCUUUUGGAGUUUGUAACUCAUUGAAUUCACCUAUUUGCAGAUGCUUAUAUGGGUUUGUGCCAAAGUCAAAUGUAGAAUGGAAAGGUGCAAACUGGACCGGAGGAUGUGUAAGAGAAACAGAAUUGAAUUGCCAGAAAAACACAAGCACAUCGGCUUCGACAAACGUAAAGAAAGAUGCCUUUGGGCGAAUGAGCCAGAUGAAACUACCCGACUCUGGUGACUAUUUAUCAUACAUUGGAGAUCAAGAAGGAUGUCUAAGCUGGUGCCUAAGCAAUUGUUCUUGCUUGGCUUAUUCUUAUGUCAGCACCAUCGGGUGUAUGGUUUGGACUAAAGACCUCAUCGAUCUUCAGGAAUUUCCCACAGUUGGGGAAGAUCUAUUUGUUCGAGUUGCACAUGUAAAAACAGGAGGAUCAUCACAGAAAGCAGUUAGCAUCAGCCUGAGUACUAUUGCCGGGAUCAUGUUCUUUGCCGUUUUUGUUUUUGGUCUUUACAAAUGGAGAGCUAAGAAAAAAGGAAAUUUGAGCAAAAUUCCAAGGCUUCUUGACUCGGUAGAUACACCUGAAAAUCUGGGUGAACUAGUACAAGGAAAUGCAUGGAAAGAGCAGUUGAAGCAAGAUGAUUCACUGGAAGUGACCCUAUUCAGUUUUGAUAGCAUACUACUUGCUACAAACAAGUUCAGCACGACAAGUAAACUCGGCCAAGGAGGGUUUGGCUCUGUUUUUAAGGGAAAGCUGAAUGAUGGGAAAGAGGUAGCUGUGAAAAGACUUUCUAGUAGCUCGGCCCAAGGCGUUGAAGAGUUCAAGAAUGAGAUCAUCCUAAUAUCGAAACUUCAACAUCGAAAUCUUGUUAAACUCAUGGGUUGCUGCAUUGAAGGAGAAGAAAAGAUUUUGGUAUACGAGUACUUGUCGAACAAAAGCUUGGACACCUUUCUCUUUGGUUGGCUUUUUCUCUCCGACUUACUGUUUUUGGUAGUAUAUUAUGGCAUAGCACUAAAAGUCGAUAACUGUUCUUGUUUGUCCUGUUUGUUAGAUUCAAGAAAGAAGGCAGAACUUGACUGGGGCAAACGAUUCCAAAUUAUUCAGGGGAUUGCAAGGGGGCUUCUCUACCUCCAUCGAGAUUCUUGCCUCAGGGUCAUACAUCGAGAUUUAAAAGUGAGCAAUAUUCUCUUGGAUGAAAAAAUGAACCCGAAAAUUUCGGAUUUUGGGUUGGCCCGAAUGUUCGAGGGCACUCAAGUUUUGGUGAACACUCACAAAAUUGUUGGAACACUUGGCUAUAUGUCUCCUGAGUAUGCCAUGGGCGGAAUGUUUUCCGAGAGAUCCGACGUCUAUAGCUUUGGGGUCUUGCUACUGGAGAUCGUUAGUGGCAAAAAGAACACGGCCUCGUGUGACCAGGGACAAUAUCUCAAUCUACUUUCCUUCGCAUGGCAAUUAUGGAGUGGAGGCUACGCAUUGGACCUAAUGGAUGAAACAAUUGCCAUUAGUUCUCCGAUGGAGGUAACAAGAUGCAUCCAUGUCGGGCUUCUCUGUGUUCAGCACCAUGCCAUGGAUAGACCAAACAUGUCUGAUGUGGUUCUGAUGCUAAGUGGCGAAUCGGAUCUUCCUCAGCCGAGACAGCCUGCAUUCACUUUCCAAACCGAAAUGCCAAAUCGUGCUAUCCCAUCAAAGCAAGAAGGCAUCUGGUCUGUUAACACUGUCACUAAUACAAUGGUCGAAGGAAGAUGACGAUUAUCUUUCUUCACUUUUCUUUUCCUUUUUCGACAGACGAUUUUGUUGUUAUUUUCUAAAAUAUUAGUGUUUGUUCAAUUCAAGGAUGGCUUUAG